AUGAAUUCCAGGACUGCGUCGGAGCUUGCGACAAGCCCUGGCAACCAUUCCCCCCCUUCUGCCAUCCGUCCUAUACCUCACACGACUGCGCGCUCCAAAGUCGUCAAACGCAGCCGAAUAGCGCUCGCCUGCACACGCUGCCGGAACCGCAAGUCUCGGUGCGACGGCGAGCGGCCGAGGUGCCGCUCGUGUGCUCAACUUCAUCUCCAUUGCGAAUACCUGCAACCGGCUCAGCCGAACGAUGGAAAUCAACGCUUCCAGAGGAGGGCACAACUACUUGCAAAGGUCCAUGAGCUGGAAUCCAGGCUCGGCGCCGGUCAGCCAGAGUUUCCUUCAAGGCCACUGCUUGGAUACUCGGUGGGGCCAGGGCCAGAUGCCGAUGAUUCCCCCACGGCGUCAUCACCAAUGCCUUCUAUUCACGCCCAUACUUCGGCGCAGCCCAGGAUAUCCGACAGCAUGGACUCAGAUCAAGAAGCUGCCGUCGAUUUGCUGGCGACUCUGACAUUCAACCAGGAGUCCGAAUCGAAUAUUGGACACUUUGGUCCUUCUUCCAACCAUGCCCUCUUUCGCACUAUAUCGGAUGCUUUUGCUCGCAUUGUCAGCAUUGCCUCGUCUCAACGACAGAAUGUAAAGUCCAGGGAGCAUAGGCCAUCUUCCAGCCGACUGCAAGCGAGGCCAACACAACAAUCGGCGAGGCAGAUUAAUCCUAAAGACAUCACCGCGACGGCAAUGCCGCCCGAGUCCGAAUCAUUGGUCUUGAUCGACCACUUCUUCAUCUCGGCAGGAGAAUUUUUACCAUUCGUGAGCCAUUCAACCUUGGUGUCUCACUGUAACAGCUUGAGAAAUAGCAAGUCUCAGCCACAUGUCGGUGCCAAACUGGCUCUGCUGAAUGCUGUAUUUGCGUUGUCAUCGGCAUCCCUAGGUGAGGGCAACUCCGACGCCUUUAUAUGUCGUGCCCUUGCAUGCUUAACUGAGCGUCAACUUAGAGGAGCAAGUAUCGAGCUAGUCCAAGCUCUGCUGUUGAUCGCCACUUAUCAGCAAAACCAUCAGUUAUCCAUCACCAGCUGGACAUAUCACGCUCUUGCGGUUAAGACAGCCUUUCAGCUUGGGUUGCAUUCCCCGCUCGGAUACAAAGAAUAUGGUCUGCAAGAAAGCGAACUGAGGAAGAGGUUGUGGUACAGCUUGAUCAAUCAGGACAGAGUACUGAGUCUGUCGCUGGGUCGGCCUUGCCUCAUCCCAAGGCAAUACAUCCGCACUCAAAAUACUCUUGACCCGCGCACAAUCCCGCGUGCCAUCCCCGUCAUAGCUCCCAAUCAUGGUGAUAGUGUCAUCUACCAUCAUCAUCACACUUCAGUGUGCGAAAUCUUUGAAUCGGUCAUCCAUCGUCUGUAUAACGACAAUAUUGACUCCGACAAGCCCGUCCGAAUCCAAGAUCUCAUCACCCAAAGGCUUCCUCUCCAAUGGGAGCUGGAAACAUGGCGUCAAUCGCUAGACCCCUCUUAUCGGAUCAUUUCGACACUUGGCUUCGAUCGAGGUUCACUCUCGUUUCCACCGGGUACCCUUCGGUUUCAGCUCGUUCUUUCUGCUCACUAUUAUCGUGCCCUGAUGCUUAUAAAUACCCCUGUACUUACCUGGGCCCUGAGCGAGACAGUUGACACACAGAAGUUGAAAAUUGACUCGGGCCUGAUGUCAGAACAUAUUGUGCCAAUCGUCAGCCAUGGCUUCAAAGCUGUUCGGGAGCUUCAUCAGAUCAUCCAGACUAUGAGCACCUACGAUGAGCGGUUCCUUGAUCAGACGGUUGCUUGGUGGACGUGUAGCUAUACCAUGCUCACGGUUAACUUGAACCUUUUUUGUAUUCUUCUGCUCUAUCACCAACAUGGCGACAUUAUAUCCUCCGUCGGGAUCUCUUUGGCCGAGGUUCGCGAACAGCUUAAUGAAGGGAUACGAACCAUGAAAUAUAUUCAACGGACAAGCAUCAUGGCUCGCAAAGCUCGGCAGUGCCUUGUUGAGUUUUUGGAGGCGUUUGACUCUCUCGUGUCUCAACAACACGCCACACCAGACAGCCUGAUGGAUCAUUCCGCGGCGGAGAUCACAUUGAUUCCCGCAGAAUCAACUUUCGACUAUGAACCAAACAACUAUACGCAAAGCAUAACUCAGGUUGCAAACGACUUCCUUUGGCAGUACAGCCAAAGCAACUUUCUUGGCGACAAUCAAGGGAUUUUCUGUGGCGAAGAAGUUACGUGA